UCUCAUUAGUGACGAUAUUGAUGAUGUCAUUUCCUAUCUUUUCUCUUUUGUUUGUGCAGACAGUCAGUUCUUCCAUACAUUAAAAAGAAAAUUACACGGUGGUUUGAAAAUAAGAAUCUUAUUUUCUCGUGUUAAAAACAACAUUGUACUCACUCGCUGUACUCUUUCUUAAAAUAUUAUUUCCAUCACUCGCAAAUAAUUUUCAUAUCUCUGUGCCACCCCUAAAGUAACUCCAAACGAGUAGGACUGGAGCUGACUGAUUGGCCAUCUUCCACUAUUCAGAAUGUUUCGAUGGAAGGUUUCUCAUUUCCUCAGUUUGCCAAGUGAGAGUAAGCAACUGAGUUCUUUGAUCAGGAGAGGAAUUGCGAUCAGAAGGAGUUUGAGUUAUGUGACUCUUGGCGAAGGAAAGAACAAAGGUGUACCUGUUAAAGCAUGGGUAAAGGGUGUUCCUGUUGAAAAAGAUGCCACAGAUCAACUGCUGUCUUUGGCGAAGUUGCCAAUCAUCCACUCGCAUGUGGCAGCCAUGCCUGAUAUGCAUCUUGGGAAGGGUGCAUGUGUUGGUUGUGUCGUUGCUACAGUUGAUGCAAUUAUUCCUGCCGCAGUUGGGGUGGACAUUGGAUGUGGAAUGAUGGCAGUUAGGACAACAAUGUCAGCAGAACAUCUGCCAGAUUCACUGAAGAACCUUCGAAGAGCCAUUGAACAAGCUGUACCACAUGGACGAACCAAUCAGGGUGGCAAAGGCGAUCUUGGAGCCUGGAAGGCAAGCGGCAUUCCAGACUCUGUUGUGACAGAGUGGAAUAAACUAGAGAAAGAAUAUGAAUACAUCUGUAGUCGACAACCCAUGGCCAAGGCAAAGAACAAUGCUAAUCAUCUUGGAACUCUAGGCACAGGAAAUCACUUCAUUGAGAUGUGUCUUGACGAGGAGGACAGGGUGUGGUUCAUGCUGCAUUCAGGGUCACGUGGGCCAGGGAAUAGGAUUGGAACAGUGUACAUUGAGCUUGCCAAGAAUGACAUGCUGAAACUAGACAAACAAGUAAAGGUUGAAAAAGAUCUAGCAUACCUCAGUGAGGGCUCAAAGAACUUUGAAGACUACGUAUUUGCAGUGACAUGGGCGCAAAAAUUUGCUCGUGUCAACCGCAACAUAAUGAUGUCCAGUGUACUCAGAGCGGCGCAUGAAUGUGCAGAUAUGCCGCCAUUUGAUGUGGAUCCAUCGAGCAAGGCUGUCAAUUGUCAUCACAACUACGUCAAGGUGGAAACGCAUUUCGGAAAAGACGUGUUUCUAACGAGGAAAGGAGCAGUUUCUGCUCGUCACGGAGAGUUAGGAAUCAUACCGGGAUCCAUGGGAGCACGGUCGUUCAUUGUCAAGGGCAAAGGAAAUCCUGAAGCUUUUCACAGUUGUAGCCACGGUGCAGGAAGAAGCAUGUCUCGAACCAAAGCCAAGAAAAUGUUUACAAUUGAUGAUCACGUGAAUGCGACACAAGGCGUGGAGUGUCGUAAGGACGCUGACGUCAUUGACGAAACACCAAUGGCGUAUAAGGAUAUCGAUGACGUCAUGGCGGCACAGAGUGACUUGGUAGACGUUGCUCACACGCUAAAACAAGUGUUAUGCGUGAAGGGAUGACAAGCCAAAUUGGAAUCUGGUCGCUUUGCCGGCUGUGUCGGUUUUGGCAAAUUUUCGUCGAAGCACUCGUCAAGUUUGCGAUUUAUAUUAUCCAGUCAAUGAAAAGCACGAGCACACGAGAGUCUUCCGAAACAAAGAAUCACAUCAGACGUACUUGUAUUCCGGAAGUUAUGACGCUGUCUUUGACAGGUGGCGGUCAAGAGGUAGUUAUGAACUGACACUCAAGAUCCGCAAAAUUUACUGACAAUUGAACCUCGAUAUCCUCGAUAUCUCUCUCUCGAAUUUAAAUAUUUUCUCCAUGGAUAUAAUUUUUUAGUCAUUUACUAUGAGCUACCUCAAACUGUAGCUGAGAAAUCGCCUAAAAUUUAACUGUUCGCUAAGAGUUUAAAACCGCACAUCCAGUCCCUUUGUUCACAACGGUCAAGCGAACUGCGCGUGCGUAGCCCCCAAGAUAACGUCAUUAUUUUCUGAAUCUUCCACAUACAGGCCUUGAAUGCCUAAGGUAACACAGGGCGCUUUCCAUUCGACCAAAAAUUUCGGUGUGAAUUUCCGGAAAUUUUCUGCAUGGGACGAAUGGAACAGAAUUUUCCGGUUUAUGCACCAGAGUGGAAAACGAUAAGCCGCACUUUGUGCGCUUGGAAUUUUUCAGGGACUUCUAAGUUAAAUCGCAAAUAUAGUAGCUCACAGAACACUGAUCCGUCGACACGGCGACUUUUUAUAGCCCAUGACAGCAGGGACUUCACAGAAACCACAACGGCAGCGAAAACGUCGCAAAACAAAGGGUUUAAUGAGCGGUACAACGCCUCUGCACGCGUUAUAAAUCUCUGUACAUUUCUUAGCCAACCUAUGCAAAACAAACAAGUUCACCGCGGGGGCACUAUUUUUGUUGGAAUUAAACGCUUUCUUGACGAAUUUAUCUCUUGGUAGUAUUCAUCGACAGACAAGUGGCAAGUAAAAUACUAAUCCAUUUUCGAAUACGCGUCGCCGUCAUCUUUGUAUGGAUGAUCGCGGUGAUCGUGGCCAAAAGAACUCGCGCUGAAUAGAAAGUUGCGAAUUUAAGUAAUUUCCGAAAAAGAGGACAACCUCGCGAGGUGUACCCAAA